CAAACACAUAUCGAUAUAUUAGCAUUUUGAUAUCAACAAAAAUUGUAAAUAAUUCGCAAUCGAAGUAGCAGAAAAUACUCGGACCGCUGUGGUUCAUUUGAUCAGCGGACGGGGGUGAUAAUUGACAACGCCAAGUCUGGUGGAGAGUAAAGUUUGUGCUGCUCCAACGUAUAGCGGAUAAUAAUUCGAUGCUCGUGGAGCAUUCGGUCUGACGGUCUGACCACAAAUCGGAGACCAAAACAAGAGUGACGUCAUAAUGGUGCUCAGUAUGUACGUGUAUCACCCGAUAGAAGCCACCAUAAAAACACGAUAAUAUGAAUUAAGAAGACAAGGAACACAAGAAACAAGCAACGAAGAUAGCCAGAGCCUAGAGCCGUAUCGGAUCUAAUUUUUAUACAAACCUCAAUCGGCUGACAGCAAAAAAAAAAACUAAAUUAAAGUCACCCCCCUACGAGUACUACGAUCGACACCCGCUACAAUGGCCAGCGUCUGGAAGCGAUUGCAGCGCAAUUUCAAGCGGGCUGCCAAAUUCCAGUUCACUGCGUCCUAUCAUGAUCUGCAUCUGGAAACCACCGCCAAGUGGCGACCCUCGAACCUCUCGAUUGUUUGGACCAGGCGAUCUAGAAGAGAGGCCAGUGCUCCCCUGCCAUGGGAGCCGGACAUGAUGAACCCGCUGGUGGGCAACAUAUCCUGGCCCGUGCCCGACAAUCACACCAUAUCGGUGACCCUCUUCAAGGAUCCCCGCACCCACGAGCUGGAGGACAAGGACUGGACAUUUGUCAUUGAAGAUAUUACUCCCAUGGGAAAGAAACGGGUGCUGGCCAAUGCCAGUAUCAAUAUGAGAAAGUACGCCAGCAUAGAGUCCACUCAGCAGAGCUUUACUUUGGCCCUAAAGCCUGUCUCGAAGAAGAUCACAGCCGCCAGCCUGGAGCUCACAAUUAGUUGUGUCUUCCUCCGCGAGGGCAAGGCAACCGACGAGGACAUGCAGAGCGUCGUCUCCAUGAUGUCCGUGAACAACAACUGUGAUGUGGCGCCGUUGGACGACCUGGAGGAUAUCCCAGAUCUGGAGAAUUUCAGUGAAAUCACAGACAACCUGUACGACUUUACCCAGCAACUGGAGCAGAUGACAACGAGCCUCAAUGGUUGCAUAGAUGCGGCCACCCCCCUAAGUGUACCUUCGUUGUCUGAAGACCCAACUCCCUUGGCCGAGUCAUUUAAUCAAUUGCAUUUUGAACUAGACGCCGAUGGCGAUCGCGAUCGCGAAGCUACGAACAAGUUAGACUUGCCCACGGCUGCCUCUGGCAGUUCUAGUGGCGCCAGCGGUGGUGCUGCCGGCGACGAGUCAUUGAAAACUCCCAGCGGAGCUCAGUCUUUGGUGGACAAGACCCCCAUCAAGACACCAGUUGAAGCGAAGACGCAGCAGCCGAAGACACCAGCGGAGACUCUGCUCCCUAGAAGCGUUGAAGGAUUCUCCAAAGUGGUCACUUCUACGCCCCUGGAGCCCAAGUCGAACAAGGACACUGUGAAGCCAAAGAUAGGAAAGGCAUUAAACUUUGACGAGAAGGAGAAGGUGGCCGAUAUUUCGGUCGAGUCUUUGAAGGAUGACUCCACCAAGAGCGUGGCCAACAGCAGCACCAUCAAAGAAACCCCCAAGGCGGAGGAGAAGACCAACAAGGACGUCUCAUCCAGUUCCAAGCGCUCUGAGCUGCAGCCCCUGAACCUAAAGAAGAGCUACGAACCUUCGCCAAUACCUGGUCCGGCACCUGUGAUAAAUGAAUCCCUUGGAUCGCAGUCGGGAGUCGGCAGUGGAUCAGCCUCUGUGAACAACAGCCUAAAGCCAGUGGAGAAGAUCGUGCUGAAGGAGAACACGCCCGGCCAGGAUCUCCUGGAGUGGUGCAAGGAAGUAACCAAAGAUUAUCCCAAUGUCAAGGUCACCAACCUGACAACCAGCUGGCGCAAUGGCAUGGCCUUUUGCGCCAUUAUCCAUCACUUUGUACCAGAGUUGAUUGACAUGUCUAAGCUGAGUGCUCAUGAGGUGGUGGGCAACUGCAAGAUUGCCUUCGAUGCUGCCGAAUCCCUGGGCAUACCUCGGGUCAUUGAGCCGCGCGAUAUGAAUCUGCUGACAGUGCCGGACAAGCUGGCCGUGAUGACUUAUUUGCAUCAGUUGCGGGCCCAUUUCACAGGCAAGCAGCUGAAAAUCGAACAAAUUGGUUCUACGGCAGAUGAGUCGAGCUAUGUGAUUGGAAACUACAAGUCGGACAUCAUGUCCCAGAGUCGCUUGUCCAUUUCGCGCAUGAAGAUCCAGCAGAGCACCUUCGACGAUGACAUUUUGACGGCCCUGAACAAGUCGGAGCCACUGUCGCCGACCAGCAAAAAGGAUGUGAAGAACUUGAUUCUGAACAACUCGAUGAACAUACUGGGCAAGGUGCUCUCGCCCACAAAAGACAAAAAUUCGAUAAACGCCUCGCAGCACGGCAGCUGCCAAACACCACCGCCCCAGGAGGACACUCAGGACGAAGCACCACAGGUGGGCGGGAAGGAGAACGGCUCCCUAACUGGUCUCGACUCCCAUACGGCCAAUCGAAUUUUAACGCGCCACAAGGCGAUGAGCGAGAAAGCCAAGCUGAUGAUGGAAAAGCUAAAGCUUUCCAAUGGCUCUGAUGCGAUCGACGAGGAGAGACAACAGCGCUUGCGGGAGCAAGCUCGCCGUCUCAUCUUGGAGACGCGUGUUAAGAGCGGCGGCUCCAUCGAGAGUCCCACCAGCCCCACCAAGCCCAAGCGGUUCAACUUCGAGCGCACCAUCUCGCCCAUCCACAACGGAGCCGAGGAGUUCUUCGGGGACCAUGUCAAGAAGAGUGACGAGAAGGAGCCGGUCAGUCCUAGUCAUAGAUUAAGCGAUCCGAGGGUAAAGGGCAGUCCACUGCAGUCCUUUAACGGGCUGGUGGAGCGCAUCUCACCAAAGCACGAGAAGAAGGGCGACAAGCUGUCGUACAUCGAGUCCGAACUGGAGGCCCUGGAGCGGGAGCAGGAGGCCAUCGACCAAAAGGCCAGCAGUCUGGAAGCCAAGCUGCGCGCCGUUAUGGGCGGCAAUCCAAGUAAUAAUCGCAGUAGAAACCCGUUCCUUAGGCUAAUCCGAAAUAGUAUUGGUGGUGGUGAUGUGAUUCGCAUUAAGCUGCUGGACUCUGAUGACGAGAGUCUGUUCGGUGGUGGUACUAGCGGUGCUGGAAGUGGGGCGUGCAGCGAGGACGACGACAUGGGCACGUCAAGUGAAAGUGUCUACAUCUCCGGCGAUGAGAUGCAUUCGCAGCUGAGGGUGCCCCCACGACAACGACCUCGCUCGCAGUCGUGUUUUGUGAAUCCGAACAAGCCGGCCCAUUCAUCGAGCAUGUCCCACCACUCGCCCUCCCAUCUGCGCCCGCAUCAUGUACAUCACGUUGUGCCCUACUCCCAUAUGCUAGAUAGCUGCCCCUCGCAGCAGUCCUCCUGUGAUAACCUGCCCGUGUGCAGCGACGAUGACGAUGUCCGGCGUCAACAGGAUCCCAACAGGGUCCGCAGGCGACGCCGUCAGCCGCGUCCACAUAUGUGUAUCCAUCAUAGUCACACUCAUUGUGAGACCGAGGAAACAGAGGAGCAACUGUUAUCGCAAUGGUUUACGUUGGUCAACAAGAAGAAUGCCCUUCUUCGCCGACAAAUGCAGCUAAAUAUACUCGAACAAGAGAAAGAUUUGGAGCGUAAAUUUACGAUGCUGAAUCAGGAGUUGAGGGCGGCGCAAUCAGUGGAGGAUUGGCGCAAAACGGAAGUGCAACGGGAGAAGGAGCGCCUGCUGCUCGAGGAACUGGUGACUAUUGUCGAUAAGCGCGACCAGUUGGUUCAGCAUCUGCACAAUCAGGAGCAAGCGAUCGAAGACGAUCAUGAGAUAGCGAGGGAACUCGAGCAGGUCGACAUAAGCGGCGGCAAAGACAAAUGUGUUCUUCAAUAGAAAUCGAAAUCGAAAUUAACCAAAACCCGACUGGAGAUUAUACUUACACACACUCAAUCUUAUCUAUGUAACUAGCUAGAUAUCAACUAUGUUCGGUGGCACGCGGAAAGGUCGCGUGCUUUUUGUGGUUCGGUCGGUGUCGCUUAUGCAAUCGUUUUAUCCAACGACAAACAAUUACUUGGACCACUCAGUAUGGUUAAAAUAAUAUAUAUUUAACAAAAAAAGAAAGAAAACAAAGAUUCUGUGAAAGCAGAUUAAUUGCUUUUGUAUCUAAGCAAGGAAAAAUAAUUCAAGGAAAAAAAGAACAAAACGUCCGUUAGUGAACUAAGCUUAAAUGGGUUCAAUUCCAACCCAUGAACAGACAUUUCGAAAAAGGGGCAAUCUACACACUUAUAUUUAUAUAAUCAGACAUGAAAUUAUUUAAAUUUAUGUUCGGUUCUUGUUUUGUUGUUGUGCCAUGCCAUCUGAACCACAUCUUGAGUCGAUACAGAACGCAAUUGAGGAGGCAAUUUUACGAUAGUUAACUAUACCUUAGCAUUUAUCCCGCAGUACUAGUAAUGCUUCAUCCAAAAAUACACCCGUACACGUAACUUAUAUAGAACCCUUUAUACAUAUACAUAUAUUUAUGAACCCCCCCCCUUGUGCAAAAAACCACUCUUACCAUACUUAAUUUAGACCCGUACUUUUGCUCUAAGUUGAUGCAAAGCAAUCGCUUUAAUCAUAAUUUAAAGGUGGCUUAUAUACUUAUACUUAUACAAUUAUUAAUUUGUAAUUUUAUUUGCCCAGGCGAAUGUAUAAAGAACUGUUCAAAACCAAGAAACCUAGCUAAUAAAGACCAUGCAGAUUGAAUUAGUCUGCAUCGAUAAAAUCCAA